GUAAACUCUGAGGCCCCAAAAUUUGUUUUCCCAUUAUUUCUUGUCAAGAAAGAAAAACCCGACCAAACCGCUCACUAUAUAUACGCAUGUUCCGAUGAAUUCCUUCUGCUAAGCUGAAUUUCAGGUAUAAUAUUCGAGAAUUUGGAGACUAAAGAUUAGUUCUUUUUGCUAAUUUCAACUUGUUGUAAGAGGGGGAGACAGUAAGAAUGCAUUUGUACAAUGCUUGGUUGCCGCCGGCGGUGGCGGAGGAGACGAAGAAGGAGAAAGAAUCAUUCCACAAAGUGUUGAAGGCCGUGAAGGAAUCGUAUAAAGUGGAUGAUCCUGAAUCUGUUUACGCCACUCUUAAAUGGGUCUCCGUUAUUGACCUGUUUAUAAAGGCGAAAAGUGAACUUUUAAUGGAAGAUGUGACAGCUGUUGUGGAAACUGGGUUGGAACUGUUCCAAAUAUCAGAGAACAAACUUCACGUGCAGGUUAGAUGGGGAAAUCUCUUGGUAAAAAUAUUGAACAAAUAUCGAAAGAAGUUGUCCUUGAAAGUUCAGUGGCGCCCUCUGUAUGAUACCCUGAUCCAUACGCAUUUCAAGAGGAACACUGGCCCAGAAGGGUGGAGAGUGAGACAACGACAUUUUUCGACAGUUACUUCUCUUGUUCGAUCCUCUAGGAGAUUCUUCCCUCCAGGCUCUGCCUUUGAGAUAUGGUCUGAAUUUAGAUCUUUAUUGGAAAACCCAUGGCAUAACUCUUCUUUUGAAGGUUCUGGGUUUGUUCGGCUGUUCCUUCCAACAAACUUGGACAAUCAGGACUUCUUUUCACAAGAAUGGAUGAAUUUAUGUUUAGACCACUGGGAUUCUGUACCAAAUAGUCAGUUCUGGAACAGCCAAUGGGCAUCCGUUACAGCUCGCGUAAUAAAGAAUUAUAAGUUUAUUGACUGGGAGAAGUUUUUACCUACUCUUUUCAAUAGAUACUUGAAUAUGUUUGAGGUUCCUGUAGCUAAUGGGAGUGGCUCAAAUCCGUUUUCUGUGGAUGUUUCAAGAAAUACCAGAUUCUUGUUUUCAAAUAGAACAGUUACUCCAUCAAAGGCUAUUGCUAAAUCAAUUGUUUAUCUAUUGAAACCUGAUGGUGCAGCACAAAAAUACUUUGAGAAAUUGGUCAACCUCUUGGAACAAUAUUAUCAUCCUUCUAAUGGCGGUCGUUGGACUUAUUCACUGGAGCGCUUUUUGGCUUACUUGGUUCACAUAUUUCACAAACGUUUGCUACAUGAGCAAAUGAGCAGCAGGGAUGAUGGCAAGAAAAGUGAACUCUUCCUCCAGCAGCCUGACCGACUUUCUUUUAUAAAUGCAUUGCUGAAGCUGAUUGAUCGUGGUCAAUAUAGCAAGAAUGAGAAUCUAUCUGAUACAGUUGCUGCAGCAACCUCUGUUUUGUCAUACCUGGAACCUUCACUUGUUCUACCAUUUUUAGCAUCUCGCUUCCACAUGGCUUUGGAGACUAUGACAGCUACACACCAGUUGAAGAGUGCUGUGACAUCUGUGGCUUAUGCAGGGCGAUCGCUGUUUCUCACUACCCUGUCAUGUUCACCUUUCAAACAAGAUGAUUUUGGUGGCACCGAUUCUUUCAGUGAUCUUCUGAUGAUUGCUUUGUCCAAUGCCUUAUUUGGUUUAGAUGCCAAUGAUCCACCAAAAACCUUGGCAACCAUGCAACUGAUUGGUUCUUUGUUCUCCAAUAUGGCUUUGCUGGAAGAUAGUACAAAUGAAUUAUCACCCUUACCAGAAUUUCAGUUUUCCGAGUGGCUUGAUGAGUUCUUGAUUCGUCUUUUUUCUUUGCUUCGGCACUUGGAACCAAGCGGUGUUCUGAAUGAAGGAGUUCAUUCAUCAACAACUUCAGGAACAAUUCUUGUUGAGGAUGGUCCUUACUACUUCUGCAUGUUAGAAAUUGUCCUAGGGAGGCUUUCAAGAGCACUUUAUAAACAGGCUUUAAACAAAAUUUCCAAGUUUGUUAAAUCAAAUAUUCUUCCUGGGGCAAUUGCUGAAGUAGGACUACUAUGUUGUGCCUGUGUCAAUUCAAAUCCAGAAGAGGCAGUUCUUCAUAUCGUUGAGCCAAUUCUACUGUCUGUUAUAUCUUCCUUGAGAGAGACACCUGUUAUGGGUUAUGGAGGGAGAAGAACUUCUGUAGCCAUUGGACGAAGCAAGUGUUUCUUCCAGGAAAAAGCCACACUUUCUCCAGCUCUUGAAACAAAUAUUGAGUAUCAAUUGAAAAUAUUAUCAGUUGCGAUCAGCUAUGGAGGUCCUGCACUUCUUCGCUACAAGGAUGAGUUUAAGGAAGUGAUUUUUUCUGCGUUUGAUUCAACAUCUUGGAAGGUAAAUGGUGCUGGUGAUCACGUUCUCAGAUCUCUUCUUGGAAGCUUGAUUCAUUACUAUCCUAUUGACCAAUACAAGUGUCUUUUGCGUCAUUCUGCUGCUGCAUCAUUAGAGGAAUGGAUUAGCACAAAAGAUUUUUCAAAUGCUGUACCACCUGUCGGUCCAAAGUGGCAUAUCCCUUGUGAUGAUGAAGUUGAAUUUGCGAAUGAACUCUUGAAGUUGCACUUUGACUGUGCUUUAGAUGACCUUCAGAAGAUAUGCCAAUCUAAGAUCCACUGUGAUCCAGGAAAUGAGAAAGAGCAUUUGAAAGUGACUCUUUUGCGUAUUGAUUCAUCAUUACAAGGCAUUUUGUCAUGCUUGCCCGAUUUCAGACCGUCUGUUGGGAAUGGGAUGGUAGAAGAUUCUGGUCUUUUUUCUUUCUUAAUUGCUGGAGCAACAGGUUCACUUGUUGGCAGCACAGAAUUGCGAGAAAAGGCUGCUGAGAUUAUCCAUGCUGCUUGCAAAUACCUGUUGGAGGAAAAAUCUGAUGAUAGCAUUCUCUUGCUGCUUGUCAUUCGUAUAAUGGAUGCUUUAGGAAAUUAUGGAAGUUCUGAAUAUGAGGAGUGGUCGAGUCACCGGCAGGCUUGGAAACUGGAAUCUGCUGCCAUAAUAGAACCUCCGAUCAAUUUCAUUGUCUCAUCUCAUUCUAAAGGAAAAAGAAGGCCUAGAUGGGCUCUUAUCGACAAAGCAUAUAUGCACAGCACUUGGAGAUCAUCACAGUCAUCAUACCAUCUGUUUCGGACGAGUGGCAACAUAUCUCCAUCUGAUCAUGUGCUUAUCUUGCUGGAUGAUCUUCUUAAUCUGUGUUUACACAGCUAUGAAACAGUCCGGACACUUGCUGGGAAAUCUCUUCUGAAAAUGCUGAAAAGAUGGCCUUCUACAAUCUCGAGCUGUGUGUAUGCUCUGAGUGAAAAUUUAAAGGCUCCGAGUUCACCAGAAUAUGCUGUCUUGGGCUCUUGUGCAGUCCUUUCAACCCAAACUGUUCUCAAGCGUUUGACAUCGGAUGCAAAGGCCCUCUGUUGUUUUCUUCGUGGAAUUCUUUCAAGCUCUCAUCAUGAAUCACUAAAAUCUCAGAAAGCAAUUACUGAGCUCUUUGUCAAGUACAACAUCUAUUUUGAAGGUAUACCUAGAAGCAUUUUAAGGACAUCAGGGAUUCAUUCGGAUGCAACUGAUUUCUCAGAUUUGGUUUCUGAGAUUGGUUCCAUGAGUUUUGAAAGUACAAAUUUGCAUUGGAGGUAUAAUCUGAUGGCUAACAGAGUGCUGCUACUUUUGUCUAUGGCAUCUGCAAAUGAUCCACAUUCAUCUACAAAUAUUCUUAAGGAAACUUCUGGUCAUUUCUUAAAGAAUUUGAAGAGUCAACUUCCACAGACGAGAAUUCUAGCUAUCUCUGCCUUAAAUACUCUGUUAAAAGAAUCACCUUACAAAGUCUCUGCUGGAAACCCUGUUUUCAUUGGGGAUGUACAGGGAAACACCAAAUCUUCGCUUGAAGGAGCUUUGAGUAUUAUAUUUCAAGAAGAGGGGUUCUUCAAUGAGACUCUGAGUAGUCUUUCUCAUGUGCAUAUAAUUGCUGAUGCAGAUAGUGCAUCCUCCCGAGGACAUCACGGAAAUUCUUCCUUCCAGAGCUUGGCAGACAAAUCAAUCACACACUUCUAUUUUGACUUCUCUGCUUCAUGGCCUCGUACUCCUAACUGGAUAUCUUUGCUAGGAAGUGAUACUUUUUAUUCAAAUUUUGCUAGAAUCUUCAAACGUCUAACCCAAGAAUGUGGCAUGCCUGUUUUGCUGGCACUUAGAGAUGCAUUGAUAGAGUUUGUUAAUUCCCAGGAGAGGUCUAAGCAAUGUGUUGCAGCUGAGGCAUUUGCUGGAGUCUUGCAUUCUGAUGUUGCUGGUGUUUCAGAAGCAUGGGACAGCUGGAUGAUGACCCAAUUACAAAAUGUUAUUUAUUCCCAAUCGGUGGAAUCUGUUCCAGAGUGGGCUGCUUGUAUUCGUUAUGCAGUUACUGGCAAGGGAAAAUAUGGUACUAGGGUACCUCUUCUGAGACAAAGAGUCAUGGAUUGUCUAAUGACUCCAUUGAGCCAGACAGUUACUUCUUCAGUAGUUGCCAAGCGCUACACUUUUCUUUCAGCUGCAUUUAUAGAAAUAUCCCCACAAAGGAUGCUAAGAGGUGAAACAGAGCUUCAUUUUACGCUAUUGAAGGAGUUGGUGCGUAAUAUGAGUCAUUCAUCAGCUCAAGUGAGAGAAUCAAUUGGAGUUACCCUAUGUGUGUUAUGCUCAAAUAUUCGGCUUCAUGAAUCCUGUUCUCCUAGUAACUCUCUUGAAGGGGUAAGGGGUGAUGUAUAUGGAAAUUUUGAAGGUGGAAGUUGGGAUGAAUAUAUUGUGCAACGAGCUUCAGAACUUGCAGUGAAUAUCCACAACAUUAGUGCUUGUGACAUAUUGGAAACCUCCUCAGACAAAACCUUACACAAUGGAAUAUCAAAAGACCAUUCUAGAGAUGAUGUUAAUUGGAUGGAAACGGUAUUCCAUUUCGUCAUCUCUUCUCUGAAGUCUGGAAGAUCUUCAGUUUUGCUGGAUGUUAUUGCGGGCCUACUGCACCCCAUCAUCUCCUUGCAGGAAACAUCAAAUAAAGAUUUGUCAACUCUAGCCAAAGCAGCUUUUGAAUUGCUAAAAUGGAGGGUUUUCCAUGGAACAAGAACCCAGAAAGCCAUCUCUCUUAUUCUUUCUUUAGGAAGUGACUCCAACUGGCGAACUAGAUCUGCAACUUUGACGUUUUUGAGGACUUUUAUGUACAGGCACACUUUCAUCCUCUCAAAUGUGGAUGAGAGGCAAAUAUGGCAUACUGUUGAAAAGCUACUUGCAGACAAUCAAAUUGAGGUAAGGGAGCAUGCAGCUGCAGUAUUAGCUGGCCUCAUGAAGGGUGGAGAUGCUGAUCUAGCUGAAGACUUCCGUAACAGAGCUUUUAGGGAAGCAAACGUCAUCCUGAAGAAAAGAAGGCAAAGAAAUUUGAGAUCCGGGCUUUCUGUAGCAUCAAUUCAUGGUCCCGUACUUGCUUUAGCAGCUUGCGUAUUAUCCAUUCCGUACGAUAUGCCCAGCUGGCUGCCUGAGCAUGUUACAUUACUUGCUCAUUUUGUUUCGGAGCCAUCACCUGUUAAAUCCACGGUCACAAAAGCAGUUGCAGAAUUCCGACGGACGCAUGCUGACACCUGGAAUAUCCAAAAAGAUGCUUUUAGUGAAGACCAGCUGGAGGUUCUUGCAGAUACAUCCUCCUCAUCAUCAUAUUUCGCUUAAUAUAAUUCUUCCUGCCAGAGAGAUAGCGGAGACAUGUACAGGGAAAAUUAUUGGAACAUAGGGCAGUGUUCUCUACUGCCUCGACAAAUUUAUUAUGAAUUUAUUUACAUAUCUUUGUCAGUUCGAGAACAUUAUUAUUUUUACAUGAAUAAGAUGUUCUUGCCCGUUGGUGGUCAUUCUGUGCUCUUCCUUAGACCAUUGGACUCAUUAGUUCUUCAGAUGGUAAAUCCCACAAAACGCAGUCUGAAUUGAAAAGGGUGGCCCCAUCUCUCAUUUCUUUUCCACCCUUCCAGUCUUGACCAUUUUCAUCUUCGAGUUUCUCAUCCAGCUGGCAUUGUCGGUCUCCUGUUGCACUGCUUCCAGGGCACAUGCUCUGGUUCCAUGCAGAUCCAUUUCCUUCAUUGACAAGGGAUGAAAGGCCAUAAUGAAACCCGGAAUCUGGGGCAGCAAAUGCAUUGCAGCUUCCAGCAAAAUUUGCGGGUCCUGCUACAACAGGGUCCCAAGGCUUGUUUGUAGGUGAAGUUUCAGGGUCCUUUAUGGCUCUUGAUAUUCCGUACUUAAUCUUCUCAAUGGUUUCGUCCCUAUCCUCAUGCUUAACUUGUGUAGCUGCUGUGUUAACUGGUGUUAAACCUAUUUGCUGCAUUUGGUAGCUGCCAAUACGUUUCUUGGUGAGGAGGUGGAGCAUCUCAUCCUUGAAACACCCUAAGGCUGCUUCUGCCAAGUGGGGAACUUGCGGUGGAGCCAGAGUGGUGGCAAUCUCAGUAAUGAGGUGAGAGAAAGGCUUGUGAGUGACGGGAUCGAUACCCAUGCCUGAUAGCUUCUUUUUGAGCUUGGUAUUCCAAUGGUUUUUGACAUCGUUAUCGGUGCGACCAGGCAGCUGAGCUGCAAUCACAGACCAUCUGUUGUACCAAAAUGAUAAAAGCUAAUCUUUUAGAGAAAAAUCGUACUUCAAAACAAAGUAGAAAUUCUAGGUUGUUUUGUUACAUAAUUAUAGAUAUAUGAAAUGAGAUACCUAUUCCCCA